UCUCAGAGAAACUAGAAGUUACCUAAAUCUAAAUCUCUCUCUCUCUCUCCCACUCUCUCUCUUUAUUUCCUGUUCCUGGCUCCCGAAGGAAUGCACUGAGACAUGUUUUUUUUGUUGUUGGUUUUUUUUUUUUUUGAGCUCAUCUGAAAUAUAGAGAGGGGCGAGAUUUCAGUGGAGAAAUUCAAGAAGGAAUGAAAGACUGAAUGUGAUGUGUGAUGAGAAGCCAGCGUUGCCACAGUAACACCUUUGUGGAGGAGUGCAAGUCCGGCCCACUUCACUCGCACACUAACAGUGUGUGAGGCUCCAGCCACGACACACACUCCCUCUCUAUUGCAGGAAGGGGCGCCCUGAACACUGAUGAGAGUGUGAGGAUAAAGGGGGAAUAAAGAUCAACUCUGUGCUCUGUUCUCGUACUUGGGAUUCACACAUGGACACACACACACACACAUCUUAACAUGCUGGAACCUGGAGUCUCAAGUCACUGAUAUUGUAGCAUCAUUUUUUAUUCUAUCUUUGGACACAAGUCUUUCUGACUUCACACGUGGCUGGAUGUGUAAGACCUCACACACACCUCACUGAUGAACAGACUGUCAGGACUGGGUCUUGCUGUGGAAGCUGGGGUAAUGCGUCCAGGUUAAAUCUUCCCGAGAUGCCGUGACGCACCUAUACCGCACUACGGACCCCAUCAAGAAACCCGCUGGAGCCCGUGCUGAGGAAAUUAUCUGGCCUGAGCAGUGGAGAUAGGGAGGCGCAGAGCGAGGACGGGGGCCGCCGCCGCCGCAAGGUGAAAGGAAGUAAGACAGAAAGAAAAGGGGAAGGACGUCAAUGACAUCAUGCCCUCGUCCACUAUGCAGAUCUUCGCCUUCAUCCUGGCGCUGCUCGGGGUUCUGGGCGCCACCAUGGCCACGUUGCUGCCCAACUGGAAAGUAAGUGUCGCCAUGGGCUCCAACAUCAUGACUGCAAUCUCACAGAUGCAGGGCCUGUGGAUGGACUGCACCUGGUACAGCACGGGUAUCUUCAGCUGCACGCUCAAGUACUCCGUACUGGCGCUGCCUGCUUACCUUCAGACCGCCCGCACCACCAUGGUCCUCUCCUGCCUGCUGGCGACUCUCGGGCUCUGGCUGGCAGCCCUGGGGCUUAAAUGCACUCACUGGGGUGGUAGUCAAAGCUCCAAGGUACAAACUGCGAUUGCUGCCGGAACAUGCUUUGUCCUUGCAGGCUUCUUGUGCCUCGUGCCAGCGUCCUGGUUCACCAAUGAAGUCAUCACCAGCUUUAUGGACUCGAAAGUACCCCAGAGUGGAAAGUACGAGCCGGGGGGAGCCGUUUACGUGGCGUUUGUAUCGGCUGGGUUUUUCUUAGCCGGAGGAGUCAUUUUUUGUCUUUCAUGCCCCAGAAAACGGGACGGAGCCACAAAUUACGGGGUAUCCAACCCUGACAAGUUAAUAAGGCAGGAGCAGCAGAAAAAAGAGCAGAGAGAACAACAGAGCCAGACGGAGCCACCGGAGCCGGAGCUGGAGCACAAAGAGAAAGAGAUGCAGGAGAAACUCCAGCUGGAACAGCAGCAGCAGCAGUACUACUCCCCAUCUCGCAAGCGACCUCAGGACACCAAGGCCCUCUACAGCCUGCAGGACUACGUCUAAAAAUCCUAAACGGUCUCAGGGAAAGAGGCUCAGGUUGUACACGCGGCUGUCAGAAGCGAUGAGAGGAGGAAAAAGGGAGGAGUGAUGACGCCGGCGACGCUUUUCACCCCCGUUCGUCAGUUCUUUCAUGUACCGCAACCAUUAUCGUAAGUGGAGGUGUUUCCAGAACCAUACCAAGAACUGUAAAUCCUCAGGUGAAACACGUACUGCCGCAACGAACGUUAAAAACGCGGGCAUGAAAAAGUUCUGACUGUGUUUGGGUUGUUAGAGAUAACGCUGCUACAUGCCAAAGCUUUGAACUUUGAAGUCUGCAUGUGACUGAUGGCUGAAAUCAUUUCAUUUCACAAGAUGAAAGCGGCUUUUAAGAAAUAAGCUUUUAUUCAAAUAAGCCAUUCUUGCUGUUUUAUAGCUUGAUUUCACUGCAGAACGCUUAGCAGAUAUGAGAAAACACAUCACGCAGAAGCAUGUAACACCAUGGUCAGUAUGGCAGAAUACAAUGUCUAAACCCCGGCGUAGAAACAGCACAUUGUCCUGUCUGUAUUUUCCAAAGUGUCUGGUGGAGGUGAAACAUAUUGAAGCGCACAUCAUUUGAGGUAAUGAUGCUCUUUGCUUUCCCAUUAGCUUCGCUCUGGAUGGGUGCACGCUGCUCAUUUAUUGCACAUACGCACAGAUGCGAGAGUGUGUACACAUACACACACACAAUCCAGCUCUCCUCCUCCUCCUCCACACACACACACACAUAUAUAUACACACACUCUCUUGCUGCAGGGGUAAUGGGGUCUUGCACCCAAUCAUUUUUACCGUGUGUGACCGCCUGUCAUUGGUGCAGGAAAUGCAGCAGAGGCUGUUCUGAGGGACGCUGACAUCGCUGUACCGUGUUCUGUCCCUCAUGGACCGUAGAGAAAAGAUUCCCUUUAGCCAUGUCUGAACCCUUUAAUAGGUUUGGCAAAACAUUCUUCGCCACAGGUCAUGCUUUACAGAGAGAAACGACGUAUUUUUAGAACAGAAUCUAAAGAAGGACUAGAUGAGUUUCAGCUACAGACUUGAUUUAUUAUGUUUUGAGACGAUUGUUGUCAGUGUGUGAUGUUUGUUUCUUUGGAGGCUGAGGUAGCUAAAGAAGUCAUAUCAUAUCUCAUAGAAUUUUAAAAAAAAUAAAUCUCGUCCAGUUUCUCAGUGAUGUCGCUCAGACUUGCUGUAAUCGAUAAGCAUGAAACAUGUAAGUAAACGUUUUUAAAGGAACUUCAUGUGGCGGCCAUCUUAGAAAAAAAUGGCUUUAUUCAUAAAAAGCUGAAGGCGAAUCAAACGUUAAUGUAGUCCCACCUUAAACAUAACCCUUGUGUUACGUUCAUUUCUCGGACCCUUUGGUGUUGUUCGGGUCAAAUCGACAUUACUGGUGAUUUAAAAGCACUACAAAAAUAAAAAAAAAAAAUACAUAAAAAUCUUUACAGAUAUUGUUUUAAGCCCAAAAAAUAUAGAUAACAUUUCUGAUUAAUGUGUAGACAUUAGAUCACAUUUAAAAAUUCACUUUUUUGUAAUAAAAUAUAAUUUGGGUAACAAAAUAUACUAUAAUCAAGAUAUAAAAAAAAAAAUGAAUCAAUAAAAUGGAACAAUGUUUUAGUUGAUGGAUUCUCCCUGCUAAUAAUUAAAUAUAUUUUAAUAGAGAUUAUUUAGAUUGAUGAUUGUUGUUUGAAAAUAUUUGAGUAUUACAGAAAGUAUUAUAUGAUACAACCAGACUUUGUUUCAGCAAUCUUAGCCUCCAAUGAAAAGACGAAGCAGCACCAGAAACGUCUCAUCUGAUCGAUUUCAUUACACUUCCAGUGAGGAGGAAGCUGUAGAAAAUUCGAUUGUGGCUAAAUUGUUUAGCUAAAGUAACGAUCUAUUAGCCAUUCUGUUAAAAUUCGUCUCAGUUUUAACCUGUAAGCUCUUUAUGAAAAAACUUUUCCUCAGAUACUGGACUGCUGACCAGUGCAGUGAUGCCAUUUUAAGUUUUAUUAUAAACCACAGUGCUUUGAGUUCUCCACUCUGGUUGUUAGCCUUUAAGGAAGGAAUCUCCAGUGUCAGUUCUUUUGGCUUUUCAGUAUUUUUUGUUGUGAUUAUUUGCUGUGAAAAGAAGCUGGGGAAGAAACGGGGUAUGUGGUAGCUUCAUGGUUAAGGUAUUUAGAUUACUAAUAAGAAGGAUUGAAUCCCAGCUCCACCAAGCUCCCACUGCUGGGCCCCUGAGCAAGGCCCUAAACCUUGAAUUGUUCAGUUGUAUAAAAUGAAACAGAUUGUAAGUCACUCUGGAUAAGGGUGGCAGAAAUGUCAAUGUAAGAAACGGCUGUUUAUAGCUGCUAGAACAUAAGCGAUAACAGGAUAGCUUGUUUCCAAACUGUUUUGGUGUCAAAAAAGUGCUUUGAGAUGUUUUACUCCUUAUAUAUUAUAUUAUCUGGUGAUGGAAUUUCUCGAGCUGGUCUUCAUUUAUGACGCUGCUCUCAUUCUGCUGUUGGUUUGUAAUGUACUGUUCACUUUUGCAAGCACACCUCCUUCACUUUGCUGGACAGAAAAUAAACAAUUCAACAAAAAAAAGCAGGGAAACCUCUCCUCAGUGAGGAGAAUCUUGCUCAUAGAACUUGAACUGACUUUGUGUCCUUUGUCCUCUCACUUCACUCUGCAUGUGGGCACGAAAUAAAAUGAUGCCUAACGGCGAACCUCUGCGUGUUCAUCAUAAACGAGAUCCUUCAGGCUGAUAGGUUAAUAGCAGUCGAUGUUUUAUUAAGGUUUUUAUUUUCCUUCAUGGCACAGAUCAGGGAAUGCAUAUAUGAACAAAGGUAUGCAUAAUAAAUCAUUUUCUGUGGAUUAAUAUCUUCUGUGGUUCAAGAGCACCUGUCUUUUUCUCAGUACCGAUU